ACCCCCCGACCCAGAGGGGACGGUCAGGCCGAGACGCCGCCCCCCGGGCCCCGGGCCCGGCCUCCCCUCCUCCGGGCCGACGAUGGAAGGACGACCCAAGAACCAGAGGAGGCAGCCGAACGCCUGGGCCUGCUUCACGCGGGGUCCCCCGAGGACCCGGCAGGCUGGACAAGACGGCGGGACGGAGGCCGGGCCCGAGCGGGGGAGGGCGUCGGGCCUCCGGGGCCGCAGCCCGCGGGAGGAAGAAGAGGCGGGAGCGGAGGCCGGGGAUGGAGCGGAGGCCGGGGAUGAAGCGAAGGCCGAGAGGAGGCGGGGCAGAGGCCUCUCCGGGCCUCCCCGACUGCUCGGGAAAGCCCAGAGUUUGAAGGAAGAGGAGGAGGAAGGGGACGAAGGGGAGGUUGGGGAGGUGGAGGUCAGGAUCUGGAAAGGGAAGGAACCCCUGAGGAGAUCCUGCCCUCGGAGGAGGGGCGUGACGGACGACGAGGAAGAGGAGGAUGGGACCAGAAGGGAGACCCGUCCUGCCUCCCGACGAGGCCACCCAUCAACCCGGAGGUGGCUGAAACAGCAGGACCCGGGGAAUCCCCAGAAGCAGCCGCAGGAAGACCUGGAAGAGCCGGGCCUCCGUGAGGCAGCCCCCACUCAACCAUCCAGGGACCCUGCCCCUCCACGAAGACGCGGCGGGAGGGUCCGGGCCCGUGGGGACGGCGGGCCCUGCCCAGCCUCCGACUCCCCGACCCGGACCUCCCACAAGCGCCUGGAGGCCACCAGGAUCCUGCUGCGGGCCUGGGAGCGGCGGGAGCUGGAAGAGCGGCUGAGGGCAGAGCAGCGCCGGGCCCGGGCUCAGCGGGUGCAGCGCAAGGUCGCCCGCUGCCUGGCGUCCUACACGCCCCCAGGGACCGGUGGGCCCGGCUGGGGCGCCCAGCGGAGGAGAGAGGAGCUCAGGCUCCAGGAGAAGCAGCGAGCGGCGGAGUACCGGGCGGAGCUGCAGGGGAUGCGGCACAGAGUGCAGGCCCGACCCUUCCUCUUCGAGCAAGCCAUGCAGGUUUUGGCAGCCCUGGGUGUGGAUGAAGACCGGCUGUGGGUCCAGGCGGCCAAGGCGGCGGCAGCCAAGGGAACGUCCUCCAAGUGCUUGUCUUCGAGCCCGGGGAAGAGUCCGGUGGCCGGAAGGGAGCCGUCCUCACAGAGUGCUCGGAAAACGGCGGAGGGGGACGAAGGCCACCGACCCCCGGGAGGGGGCAGCUGGCGGACCCGGGACUCAAGGGACGGGGGCGGGGACGGGAGUGAGAAAUGAAGUUCUUAUCCAAGAGA